CUUGAAAGCACGUACCUACCCAUUGAAGUAUGGCUAGCGCUUUCGGCCAGACCCAGUACGAACGUCGCCCCGCUACCGGUAGGUUCGCUAGCUCCCCCACAUAUGACUAUGCCUAGGAAGGAAUGCCGUACUGCAUGUGCGGGGCUCCACACAGACUCUGGACACUUGGCAGCAACGAAGAUCGUAUCUACUUUGCCGUGGGGUAGGUAUCGGCAACAAAGCUUGGAACAGAAACGUUGAACCGACCUCGGGACGCAAUGGAGUGUGCUUGAUAAACUCGCACUCCAUCAGCACUCGCAGACAACAUUCUCUCUACACUACCAAGAAGACGACAAAAAUGGUUGGUCACCUGAACAAUGCCUUCGAUGGCCAUCAAGCAAGACUAGACCAUGAUUUGGAUUAUGACGUCCUCAUCAUUGGUGCAGGUCAGAGUGGGAUGUACUCAUUACAUCGAAUGCGCCAACUCGGUCUUAAAUCGAAAGUUCUCGAGGCUGGAUCAGGAGAAGGAGGAACAUGGUUCUGGAACCGCUACCCCGGGGCACGUUUUGAUUCUGAGUCCUACUCAUACAUUUUCUCUUUCGAUCAAUCGUUGCUUGAUGAGUGGGACUGGAGUGAGCAUUUCGCUGGUCAAGAAGAGACAUUGCGUUACUGCCAGUUCUUUGCAAAGAAGUACAGACUUCACGAAGACAUGCAAUUCAAUACCAGGGUGUCGUCUGCAUGCUGGCGAGCGGAAUCUAACUCUUGGAUUCUCACAGACGAGGAUGGCAAAAGCUACACCUCAAGAUAUGUCAUCAGUUGUAUGGGCAUUCUCAACCAGCCUACUCUACCUGCAAUUCCUGGCGUGGAUGACUUCAAGGGCGCCGCAUUCCACACAGCCCGCUGGCCAGCAGAUGCGAGCGCUAUCAAUGGUAAAAGAGUUGCAAUCAUUGGUACAGGCGCUACAGGCAUACAAACAAUCCAGGAAAUCAAGAAGACAGUCGGUUCAUUGACCGUCUUCCAACGCACACCGAAUUGGACCGCGCCUCUCCGCAACACCAAAAUCUCACCUCAGGAGAUGGAUGAGAUCCGCCGAAACUACCCCACGAUCUUCAAGCAAUGCCUAGACUCCUAUUCUUGCUUCAUACAUCAAUCCAAUCCAAACUCUACCUUCAGCGUCAACGAUACUGAGCGCGAAGCCUACUGGGAAGAGCUCUACUCGAAGUCUGGGUUUUCGAAGUGGCUUGCCAAUUUCUCCGAUAUCAACACUGAUCCUGCAGCGAACAAGCUGUUUUCGGAUUUCAUAGCGAAGAAGAUUCGAGAACGUGUCAAUGACCCUGAAGUUGCAGAGAAACUCAUUCCUAAAAGUCAUGGCUUUGGGACAAGGAGAGUGCCGCUUGAGGGGGGCUACUAUGAAGCAUUCAACCAGCCUAACGUCAGGCUCGUCGAUGUCAAUGAGAAUCCGAUUGAAUGCAUAAACGAGACCGGGAUCAAAACUAAGAAUGAGGAUUUCCAGUUCGACGUCAUUAUCUACGCAACAGGAUUCGAUGCAGUGACCGGCUCAUUCAGCGCUGUAGACAUCCGCGGUAUUGGAGAGAAGAAGCUGACAGAUGAGUGGACGAACGGUAUUCAGACUUAUCUUGGUCUGACAGUGCGUAAUUUUCCUAAUUUCUACAACAUCAUGGGUCCACACCAAAUGUUUGGCAACAUCCCUCGCAGUAUAGAAUAUGCCGUCGGCUGGGUAGCGGACUUCAUCGAGUACAUGGUCGACCAUGACAUCAUCGUUGCAGAAGCUACUGAGGAGGGUCAGAAGGCCUGGACACAGCAUGUCCACGACUGCGCAACAGGUAUGUUGGCGCUUGAAGUUGACGGGUGGAUGACCGGAGUGAACAAGAACAUUGCCGGGAAGCAGAAAAGGACAAUAUCAAGGUACUGGGGCUCGGCUGGAGGGUAUCGCGAAAGAUGCGAUGACGUGAAGGCAAGGGAUUAUGCAGAUUUGAGACUAGUCAGAGCUUCAUAGGUCCCAAUCCUUGAUGCAAGUAUGCAAGCAUAAAUGCCGUAUACUCUAGAUUGAACCGUGAAGAGCAGCUCCUUUGAUGCGUUUGAUG